GACAUAUCUGUAAGUCGCAAUUUGAUGACGUAUGCUUGUUACUCGUCCAAUAAAAAAGCCGUUAUCCAACAGUGAGAGGCUAGGCUAACUAACAGAUAGAGGAAGAUUGUGCCAAAGAUCUUGUAUACCACGCAGAAGUCCUUGAGUUAAAAAUGACUUACAGGAGAGACAGGAGCAUACGAGAGGUGUAUGAUGAACGCUUUUUAACAGAGAGGCAGGGUCCGUACCCACGGGCAGGUGGAGCCGUGGAGAGGAGGGGCCCCUUUGGCAGGCCAGAGGACGACUACGGCCGGGGGGGAUAUGAUUACGAAGGAGGUCCCCGCUUUUUCCCGAAUGGAGGUGGCCCCCGAAGUUACCAUGAAGAUCAGAGGGGCUACCACGGGGACAGCCUUCAUUUUCCUGCUGAACGCAGAGCUGGUCCGCCUUCAAGGAGGGAGGACUUUCCUUACAGAGGACCCAGGGAGGACCCUCACACAGGACGGCCUUUGGAGUUUGGUGGCCGCGCUCCUCCACCUCAUAGCGUAAGAAACCAGGGCAUCUACCCAGCGCCCAGGUCCCUCCCAGAGAGCGGAGAGGACACACUAGUGCAGGCCAUCCUCAACCUGGACAGAGGUGAAGACAGAGACCACUACAGGAGAAAGGCGGCCCCUUUUCCUCCCCUCAGAGAACGUUCUCCUGUGCGCCGUGAGGUGGCCCGCUCCCCCCACAGUCGCUCCGGCUCCAGCGUGAGCAGCAGAGGCUACUCACCGGACAGAGCCAAGAGCCUGCCAUUUCCCUCACAGCAAGGUGUGGACGGUCCAGAGGGUCACGCUGGUGUUUCUGAGCACCUUUGGGGGUCACUCUUUCCUCAACAGAGUGGACAUGACACUUUGGGGUAUGAAGAGACUUAUUCUCAGAGCAAGAUGACUGACAAAAUUCCGGGCCUGUCAAGAGAAGGCUCUCCACACAGUGCAACGUCAAACAAGGAGGAGAAUCAUCCUCCAGAAGCAGAAAAGGAGGAGCCACCGGUAGCUCCUGUCGUUGAGGAGAGCCAAAAGUCUACAGACAACUUUCAAGAACGACGAGCCCUGGCCAUCGCAGCUAAAGCCCAGGAGAUAGAGAAGGUGUACCGUCAGGACUGCGAGACGUUUGGCAUGGUGGUGAAAAUGCUGGUGGCUAAAGAUCCCAACCUGGAGAAACAGCUGCAGGUUCCACUCAGGGAGAACCUCGGGGAGAUCCGCGAGCGUUGCCUGGAGGACCUUAAACACUUCAUCAACGAGCUGGACGAGACAGUCCGGCAGCCAGAACCCUCCGUCUGUGACUCGACCACUCCGUCUACGUCCCUGACAAGUCAUAAACUUUCAAAGACGGCAGCGAAUCACAGCUCAUCUUACUGACACGUGUGCCUGAUCUGCUUCAUUGAUGUGAGACUGAGCCUGGUAGGAUUGACUGCUGAACAUGAUGGUUAUCUUGGAUACCUUGUGGACUGCUGGACUGAAGCUGUUCCAUAGCACAUCAACCUGAUGAGCAACUCGGCAUGAAGAGCGGAUUCUGUGUUGCGGGUGUGUAUGUGAGGAUGAACGGUGUUAGUUUUGAACCAAGCAUUUUUACCUUCAAGUUCUGUUGAAAGUUGUUAAUAAUAAAAUAUUCUUGAACAUUGUUUUUCUGUCAAA